ACGCGUUCGACCUGUUCGACAAUUCUCUCAGUUUGGGAUUUCCAGCUGGGUUAAGUGGACACGUGUCUUUACACACUGAAUUCCUCCGACGCUUUUCAGCCCUUCCACUUUUCUCACUUGCUCCAUUCUUCUCGGCUGUUGCCCACACUCUCUCUCAUGAGACCACACAAGCCGCCAGCUUGCUCCUAACCCCCCUACGUUUUCCCCGGCCUUCGCCCACCCGUUCUCAUGCCAAAUCGAGGAAUGUUCUCCACUUGAAAUGCUGAGAGAAAGCGUGUAGAGUGUUGCUGGUUUCCUCUUCCUUCCGCGAUUCGUCUGGCUUGUCUAGCCACCUCGCGGACGAAGAAACGCGAAAUCCCCUUUCCAGUGCUUGCUUCCGAACUCUCGCGCGCGCUCUCGCCCCGAGCAGACCCUUGUGCAUAGCUGGGUCUCGUUUUUCUUCAAGUCUUCCAACCUCCUUUCGGUUUCCGUUUUUUCUGGAGAACGUUUGGGGUCGAACGGCGGCAUAUUUCCGAGAAACGCGGUUCUUGCAGGGUUCUAGACGGCAGCGAAAACCUCGACCGGGCGCCACGCGCUCGCUGAGAAAACCGCGCGCGGCUGUCGCGGCAAGACACGCAAAAAACAUAAAGAAAUCAGAGAAAGGCAAGAUGCACACUCGGUCAGGGAACGAGGCGCGGGGCUACGCUCUGCCUACGCGAGCGCCAGCGUCAGGAAAUGCGGUCUACGUCACUUCAACUUUCCCCACUGCACCUCCUACAGCUUCUUAUUCUAGCAGAGAACCAAUGUUGACGGAUCUGACGCCGAGUGCUCAGGCGUUUUCGACGACGUCGGUCGCAGGCUUCCCCGACGCAGAGGCCGAGCCACCACAGCGCAAGAGCACGGACGUCCACUGGUUGCUGGCGUUUGCCGGACUGGCCUGCGUGACUUUUUUUUUUCUGCUUCUCGCGUUUGCGGAGGGCAGUCCCUCCCGCCUGACACGCGGUCUGAACUACCAAGGCAAGACAUGCGGCGUCGACGGGAGCGUCCGGGAUCUGCCCUUUCUCUACGUUCCGCUCGACCCCCGCGAGAGGUACGCCUCCUUGAUGGUGGACGACGCCAGAUGCGUUUCCCAGUGUCCGUCCGAGCAAGACGUGGAGGCGGGCAAGACGAUUCCUGUCCCCGUGCGAGAAACGGACACCGAUCCGAACAGGUCGUCGUCGAUCACCGUCCAGUUCGCCCUGCAGUCUCCCGCCUACGCCGCGACGCUCAUGGCCGGCGCGUACUGCGUUCCCCUCGACACCAGUCUCCGCCAGCAGAUGGGCGCCGUUCUGAACUCCCAUUUUCGACAAAUUCAAGUCGCUCUAGGUUCCUUCCGCGCAGCCUGGGGAUGCGUCUUUGGAUACACAAUUCUCGCAGCCUUCUUCGCUGCCGCGCUCGCCUUCCUUCUCCGCCUCUCCCCCGGCGUCGUCUUAGGGGCCACUGCCGUCUGGACCAUCUGCCUCGCUGUCGUCGCAGGAGCUUCGCUUGUCUCCACAGGCCUCUCCGGAGUUCUCGAUCCCGACAAGGGAAACUUCUACGCGCUGGACUACUCCUGGGCUCUCCUUGUCGGCAUCUUGUUGGUCGCAGCCGGUGGCCUGCUGGGACUGUUGCUGUUCGUGGCAAGACGCGCCGUCGGAAAUGCUGUGCGGCUCCUCGAGUGUGCAGGCGAGGCUGUCUUCGACAUGUUGCAGAUCUUCCUCGCUCCCGUCAUCUUUGGCGCAAUCGCGAGCCUCUGGACGUGGUUCUGGAUCGAGGGAUACCUCUACAUCGUCUCGGCCGGCACAGUGGACAAGACUCAGGUAACGUCUGGGAUCGACCCAAACGGCGACGUGGACGUACUCCCUCUCCACCGUUCGCUGGUCUGGGAUGCGCGGUUCAUUCUCUUCGGCCUCGGCUGGUGGGUGGCGCUCUUCUGGGUGGUGGAAAUCCUCUCCGCCUUUUGCCAGUUCGUCAUCGCCUACUCCGCAACCGUGUGGUACUUCUCCCCUCCCGAAGGCGCUGAGGAACGAGACGUCGGCUGGUAUCCGCCGCUUGUUGCCCUUGGCCUCGGCGCGAAACAUCACCUCGGCAGCUUCGUCGUCGGCGGCCUCGUGCUCGGCGUCACGCGACCUCUCCGCCUCUUCUUCGCCUGGGCGUCCUCCAAGAGUCUCGCGCUCCACAGGCACUCUCCCGUCGUCCAAAGCCUCACCGACUGCUUUCGCAGCGUCAUGCAGCCAAUCACCUUCGUCGUGGAUCGAUUCACCUCUUCAGGUUUCAUCGAGAUGUCGAUUUCUUCUCGAGCGUUCUUCCCGGCGAUGGACAAGUCUUGCUCGCGCAUCUUGAAUUCGCGGUCUCCUGCCUCGUAUUUCCACGGCCUGGCGAGCAUUUGCUCCCUCAUUGGCACCUCCGCGGUCUCCCUCACCGUCAGCUUCAUGUGCUACCAGACGCUGACAGGAACAGAAAAGUUCGCGUCUCUGACGUCUCCGAACUUCGUCGCGGCCCCCUUGGGCGUCUCUCUCUUUGUGGCGUUCAUCUCCGCCGUGAUUGCGUCGCAGUACAUGGCGAUCUGGGACACCGUUGCCGAUACUUUCAUGUACUGCUUCCUCGUCGAAUCGGUCCAGCCCCCAGUGGUCGACGAGAACCCCAUCACGAAGGUGCAUGCGCCUGCGUGCCUCAGGGAGUUGCUUCUCGACGCCCAGCAAGAAAUGAUGUGACGGAGGAAAGAGUUGGAAGAGAAAUAGAAAGAAGUCAAAGGGGAUCGAAAAGAGACAAGAUAACACGGACUCCCGGAACGUCUCCGUCAGGUUUGUGCGAGCAGUCUCGUAGAAGGCCCCCCCGUUUUUCGUGGACGCUCUGUCGCAGCGCUGGCCACGGCUGUAUAACUCCUCUGGUUUCUCUGAAUUUUUAAAUGUUUUUCACUAUUUAAAUAUUUUUUCGUAUUCACUUGACUGCUGAGGAGUGACUCUGUCAGCGAUGAAAGCUCUCGUUUUUGACUUUCUCUCCGUUGUGGCUCCCAGAAGCCUCUCAGCUUUAUAAACGCUGGGGCGUUCCUUCGCUUUCGAGCGACUGCAUGCUCUCUCACUGGAGUCUGCCCGAGGACUCGACUGGGCAUUUUCUCGCAAACGGCUCGCGCUGCUUCCCCCGAAAAACAUAUGGAAGUUCUUUGUGUCGGCAGAGCAGCCACUUCGUCUCUUCUUUGUCCAGUCUCCUUCUCGAAGUUCUCUGCUCGCUCUUCUCUGCAUGCGUUUUUCGUCCUUUUCCUCUCUGCACCUCGGGAGGAAGUUCUCGAGAGAUGCACGGUUCUUCGUUUCAACGCUCUCUGGAAGAGCUGACGUAGACAGCAGUGCAACACCGAGUUCGUUCUGCUCGAACUCCUGAUGAGCCGA